AGGUUCUUCAACACAUUUCGCACACUGGUGUGGUCCAUUUUUGGCUUGGGUGACUCCAGUUCCGUAAAAAUCCACAUGAAGCACGAGUUUGUGGAGAUCGUGGGAUUCAUCAUGGUGGCUAUAUUCCAUAUUGUCAUCGUUAUAAUGCUGAUGAAUAUGCUCAUUGCCAUGAUGACAAUCUCUUUUGAAGCUAUUAAUGACGACGCAGACAUCGAAUGGAAGGUUGCCAGGACAAGGUUAUGGUUAGAGUAUAUAGGGGAAGGAUCUACUCUCCCCAUCCCCUUUAACUUAAUCCCCAGCCCCAAAUGGUUGUUUUUUCUUUUUAUCAGAAAGAAAUGCAAGGGACCCAGUGAAAAGGAAAUUAAUGGAAAGGAUAAAAAACGGCGCCACUUCGACAUUAGAUAUCGGGCCCUCAUGGCUAAGCUUAUAGCAAGGUACAGCAAGAAAGCAGCAGAGGGAGAGAAAAAAAAAUGAUUUGACACCAACACAGACGGAGGGACCAACAGCCAAUGGAAGAGCGGGUUGAAGAAGACUCUACAUCUUUUAUGGUCAAAGUUUAUGCUCUGUAGUCUUGAUAUUUAGCAACUUGUAGUAUUUACAUUAUGGUAAUUGCUUUUAAGAAUUGCGUUUAUAUCAUUUAUGGAUUAUGGUCCAGUUUGGUUUAGAAUUAGAUAAAGUAAUUUUAAUUUAAGUUUAACUCUUUGUGAAUGUGCUCCUUGUGAAAGAUUUUUUAGCUGUUUAUGCAGCGAUACCAUUGUACAUUAUCCAUCGAUAACACUCGCUCCUAUUGUAAGCAUGCGUUUUUCAUGCUUUUACUUUAUUGGCUGGUGUAUUUUAGUGUAUUCAUAGUAUUGGUUCGAGUAAAUAUCUGCGUCUCAUAUAUAGAUGAAAAAAGAGAAAAAAUACAAAAGCACAACAACUGAAUGUUGAACUGCUUUUUAAGUUUUUGAAGAAAGUUUCUACAUGAUGAACAUUUUGAAACUGUAUGCCUAUACUUUUUAGAUUUCAGGUGCACCAUAUGUUACUUUUAAUCAGGUGUCCAACGCAGUGAUACCGUUACACUUGUGGGAGUGGACAGCAAUUUGAUCUCUAAGUGACCACAAUCCCACAAGGGCUUCAAAUGACAUAAUUCGGCCCGUUGUACGGAUGGGGAUUGACAAAUUUUAUACAACAUAUACAUUGAUUUAUAUUUUGUUUUAAACUGAAUAAAAAAUGUUAAUUUUUUA